AUUUAAGGUUAUGUCAAACAAAAUAAGAGGUUAUGUCAUGUCUUGUCUCGUGAGCAGUGUCGAGUUCUGUUUAAUUUUGUAAAAAUAUUCGUUUAGUAAAUAAAAGAAAAUGUGGUACAAACGCUUGGGACCGCACCUAAAAUCACUCACGACGCUUAACAAAAUCCUCAGACAAGCAUCACAAGCCGCACCAAGAAAAGUCAUAAACGAAAACAAUGACCUAAACGUAUUUAAAAUCGGCCACAAACUUCACGGUUUCUUGGUAAAAGAUGUGAGAGAAAUUUCCGAAUUCCGGCUUACGGCCAUUUACCUCAUCCACGAGAAAACGCAAGCGGCUUAUCUCCAUUUGUACAGAAAUGACAACAACAACGCAUUUGGAAUUCAAUUUCGGACGACGCCGAUGAACAGCACGGGCUUGCCCCACAUUUUGGAACAUACAGUGCUGUGUGGGUCAAAGCAGUUCCCAGUGAGAGACCCUUUUUUCAAAAUGCUAAAUCGGUCACUUGCCACUUUUAUGAACGCAUUUACCGGCUCGGAUUACACUGUUUACCCGUUCAGUACCCAAAAUUUGAGCGAUUAUCGAAACCUGCAAAAAAUUUACUUAGAUGCAGCUUUUCGGCCGAAUUUAAAAGAACUUGAUUUUAUGCAAGAGGGGUGGAGACUUGAAAAUGUAAAUCCGAACGAUAACACUACUCCUUUGAUUAUAAAAGGUGUUGUUUAUAACGAGAUGAAGGGAGCAUUUUCAGAAAACGAAAAUCUCUUGGGACAGAAAUUACAGAAUCUUAUUUUGCCUGAUCACACUUAUGGGGUUAUUUCCGGGGGUGACCCUAUGGAAAUUCCCAACUUGACAUGGGAUGAUUUGAAAGAGUUUCACAAGAAACAUUACCAUCCCAGUAAUUGUAAAUUCUAUUCUUACGGGAAUUUUCCGUUAUCACCAUCUUUGGAUUACAUAAACAAAGAAUAUUUAUCUCAUUACACUUAUGAACCAACGAAUCACACAUCUGUGCCUAGACAAGCCCGUUGGAGCCUCCCCAGACGCGAACAUAUCAAUUCACGUUUCGAAAAUAUGAAAGAACCUUUAGAGAGACAAAACACUGUCUCUAUUUCCAUACUUUUGUCCGAUAUUACGGAAAUUUACGACACUUUUUUGAUGAAUUUCGUUUCGGAGUUGUUAAUCAAAGGUCCAAAUUCUCCUUUUUACAAAUCGAUGAUUGAGCCGAAUUUUUCUGGUGGUUUUACUUCAUCGACUGGUUACGACACGCAGCCGCGGGAUAGCAUCUUCACUGUUGGUCUUCAAGGCUUGAAGAAAGAAGAUUUUGAUAAAGUCGUCGGAUUAUUUGAUAGUACCUUGGAGCAAGUCGUAAAUAAUGGAUUUGAUGAGAAACACAUCGAAUCUGUUCUUCAUCGUUACGAACUUUCGAUCAAACAUGAAACUUCAAAUUUUGGUCUUAAUUUGAUCGUCGGAUUAACACCGACGUGGAAUCAUAACGGUGAUAUUUUAACAGCUUUACAAGUUAAUAAAAUGAUUGAUAAGUUGCGCAAAGAAAUGAAACAAGAUAGUCAUUAUCUACAAAAUAUUGUCAAACAGUACUUUAAAGACAAUAAUCACCGUUUGGUUUUGACAAUGUCACCUGAUAUGGACUACGAGAAGAAGCAGCAAGCACAAGAACAAGAACUAAUAAAGAAGAAGACCGAAAAAUUGACCGAGAAUGACAAAGAGGUGCUUUUCAAGAAAUGUCUCGAGUUACAGAAAUUCCAAAAGGAACAACAAAACACUGACAUAUUGCCAACUUUACUCAUUGAAGAUAUAAGUAAUGAAGUUGAGAAAAUUCCUCGAGAAAAAGUCACGAUUAACUCAGUUCCCGUACAACUCAACAAAGUCAAUUCUAACGGAAUAGUUUACUUCAAGGCGCUUCUAAGUACCGUGGAACUCUCCCCCGAGCAACAAAUGCUUCUGCCUUUAUUUUGCUACGUCAUCAAUAAACUCGGCACCGACAAGUUGAAUUAUCGCGAAUUUGACAGUCUCAUGAAUAGAAAAACGGCCGGAUUGAACCUUGAGCCGUUUAUCGCUGAAAGUUUGUUUCAAUUACACAAUUACGAACCUUCGAUUUCAAUUUCAAGCUAUUGCUUAGAAAAAAAUGCUGACGCAAUGUGGGAAUUGUGGUCGCAAAUUUUCAACAUUACCAAACGUCGUGAUGUUGAAAGGUUUCAAAUGUUGACUCAGCUUUACAUGACUGAUUUAACAAAUGGGGUAGCCGAUUCCGGCCAUAUUUACGCAAUGCAAGCCUCCUCGGCCUUAGUCUCAGGAACUGCGUAUCAAAGGGAACUGCUUUCAGGAUUGCAACACAUACAAUACAUGAAGAGAUUGAUGGGUACUUCGCACUAUAAGGCCGUCUUGGAUGAGAUUCUCAAUAUCGCUAAAAUUAUUUUCACCAAAAAUAACAUGAGGUGUGCGUUUAACAUUUCCCAGGAAAAUCAGUCAAAAAUCAUGAAAACGUUUGCCAACUUUACUAAACAAAUUCCCGAAAGUGGCACAAAGCCCACUCAGGACCGCAGCUACGUCGAGGGUAAAGUUUGGGCUCCUGUCAGCGCUGUUAACUGCCAACAUCACGUCUUAAACGUUCCUGUGAAUUAUUGCAGUAAGGCUAUACUUACCUCCCCUUACAACAAUAAGGACUAUGCAAGAUUGCGGGUUUUGGCGCGGCUCAUCUCCGCCAAAUAUCUUCAUCCGGAACUGAGAGAAAGACAGGGGGCGUACGGCGGGGGCGCCAGAAUGACAAACGACGGCGUUUUCGUCUUUUACAGUUAUCGUGACCCUAGAAAUCUGCAAACUUUGGACGUUUUUGAUAGUACCUACAAGUGGUUACAGGAGAAUUUGGAUAAAGUGACUCCGCAAGAAAUUCUGGAGUCGAAAUUGGGCGUGUUUCAAGCCGUAGAUGCGCCGAUUCCGCCAAGUAAAAAAGGCUGUGAUGAGUUUCUGAGGAGGCUCACACCGGAUGUGCUACAAAGACACAGAGCGGAAAUUAUGUCGGUUGAUAAGAACGCGUUAAUAAGUGUGACGGAGAAGUAUUUAGUUGAGGGUGAUCCUGCGACGAGGGGAAAAGUCGUAUUAGGGCCAAAGAGUGACAAAUUUGAUACGAGUAGUAGGUCUAGCGAAAUGUGGACAGUUAUGGAAAAUGAGUGAAAUUUCAUGUACUUGUUAAUUGAUCAAUAAAUUCUGCUUUGUUGUA